UGAGAAAUUGUCGGCAAGACACAAUCUGUCUGACUCUUUUAGCAGUAUCUACUUGCUAUUAAGUCUUUGGUGUAACAGAGACACACAGUAUAGCGGGAAGUUAAAAAGAAAAUGCAAGAAGAAGCGAUGUUAAACUUACGUUGGGAUUUCUUCUCAUCGCACUUGGCGUCAACGUUGGACUUCUGCUACGAGAAGCAGCACUUCGUGGACCUGUCGCUGGUAUGUAAGAACAACGUGACCUUCAAGUGUCAUAAAAUGAUCUUGUCAGCAACAAGCGGGUUCUUUCGCCGAUUGUUGACGAACAACGAGCACCCGCACCCUUUGAUAAUCUUACAUGACAUCGACCCGGAGGACCUUAAGGCGGUUCUGAACUUCAUGUACUACGGGGAGAUCGAAGUCCCGGAGAGCAACGUGAAAAAUUUGGUUAAGGUCGCCCGGGUGCUGGACAUUGCCGGGCUUAAAGACUUGCAACCCAGUGGCCAGUUCAGUGACAGAAGCGCCACCAGUGGCCAGUUCAGCGACAGCAGCGCCACGAGGUUAGGAAAUAGUCUUCCUGAAAUAGAAGAAGAAAUAGAGGUUAAAAAAGAGCCGGUGAGCUUGGAAGAAAAUGGAAAGCCAAAAAUUCCGCUGAUUAAACUCCAGAAGCCCCAGGUCCAAAAAAACUGUUAUAAUUUGAGACAAAGGACCGGAAGUCUUGUUCGCGAUAGUGAUUUUGUGGUGGAUAGUUAUAAAAAGAACAAAAGAAAAAAAAUUGUUCCUGAAGAAAAGGUCAUCAGCAAGCCUAAUCAGCUGGGGUUUAAAAAUGGGGUCAAGAAGGUUGAUGAUUGUAAUUAUUUUAAAAAACUCAAGAUGCUUGAUGAGGUGGAGAUUAUUUUUCAGCCUCAGGAAGUUCAAGGUUAUGAUACAGGAAAUUCAGUGUUUAUCAAAGAUGAAGUAGAUAUUGAUGAAAGUCAGAAGAGAGAUAAGAUUUCUCUGGGACCUGGGGUAGAGAUUUUUAAAACGUUUCCUUGGAAACCAGGGACUAGUAGAGACUUCUGAGACUUCUGUUAGGAUUUUGUUUUGUUUUUUGUAUGUAGGUGUUGGUGUUGGUGUUGUGUGUUUGGUUAUGUUGUUGAUUUGGGUUGCUAGGUAAAGAUUGAUUUAAUAUCAGUCCAGAAUUAUUUAAUAACAUUUUUUUGGUAGAUUGUGUAGAGGAUUUUUAGAUAGAGAACGAAGUUUAAUUAAGAAAUGGAGUUUGCGGUGGAAGAGAAGAGAAAAGCUGUUGAAAGCUUGCCGGCUGAUAGAAAUGUUACUGAAGAAGAGUUUUGUAAUUUUAUGCAACGGGUUACUGAAGUUGAAAAUAUUGUUAAAAAAUUAAAUUCCGCUGAUAUAAAAGAACAAGAAGAAGCGAAAGUUUUAGCGGAUUUAAUACUGGAAGGAAAAAAAAAUUUUGAGUGCGAUCCUGAUGGCGUUAAAGUCAAAACAAAUCGGACGGUGAUAAAUACUACGGAAGUUAAGACUGAGAAGAAAGAAGCUUUCAUGGCUUCAAUGGAAGCAGACGCCAAGAAGCGAUCCGAGGACCGCAAAGUUAGGAACGAGCGUGCUGACACCUUCAAGAGAAUCGGAAACGGAGCUUUCGGAGUGGGAGAUUUCGCAAAAGCUGUAACUUACUACGGAAAAGCGCUGGAACAGCGCAAAGACAGCGCUGUUAUCUGGAACAACCGCGCGCUUUCGUACAUGCGGCUUGGGUUGUACGAAAAAGCCCUCCAGGACUGCGAGUGGGCGCUCAAGGUCAACGAUUCGAACAUAAAAGCUCUGCUGAACAGCGCCAAGUGCUACGCUUAUCUAGGAAAUGAAGAAAAACGUGAUGAGUUUAUUAGACUGGCCAAGGAACGGGUUCCCAAAUUUUCUAAAUACAUUCAAGAUUUCGAAGAAACUCUCAAGGCAAAUCCUAAUGAUAGUGAAGAAAUAAGUAUUUAAUUAAUUUAAUUAAAAGUUACCAAUUAUUUAUUUUUUAAUUUUCUUUUUGUCACGACUUCAACUCUUGGGCGUAUUUUUCUUUUAUUUCUGAGAGUGAUCUUGGCUCGUGUAAAAUUACUGUGCAUUCAAUGCCCUGUAAUAAUAAAAUUUUUUAUUGAGUAUUGUUAA